AUGGUGUUGAACGAGAGAUCUGGGUUAAAUAGUCAACUCGCCAGACACAUGUCCGUGCGUACGCGGCCCGGCAACCGAAACGUGGAGCUUGAGGACGAAGCGAAUUCAUCUUAUUCUUCCUUAAUCCUGCUUUCUCCAGCACACGCCGCUCCUCGACUUUCUAGCACCCGUACCCUCCAUAUCAGACAGACCCAUCCCGCGGCACUGCUAACGCGUCAUCAGGAUGGACCCAAGAACCAAGCACCGACACUUUACGAUCCUCGGUUUCUCCUGUCCUUCAAUCUUCUUUCUCACAGCACCUAUCAACUCUCCGACCAUGCCUUCUCUCGGGAAAGUCCUAGGCGAAGCACGUCGUCUCGGAUGUCGAGAUUCCAAAGACCACAAGCCCUCAACAUCGACAUCCACGAUCUCAAUGUCCAUAGGAGGUUGAGUGAUGUAGAUACAGAGACAAGACGAGGACGGUGGACUGGGAAGGAGAUCAGGAUGGUCUCGAGCUUUCUGGAUGAUGGUGCACCUGUUCUCAUGGUGCGUGUCGUUCAAUACUUCGAUGACCGCGUGCCAUUGCUUGCAGACACGUUGGGCGAGGACAAGGAGAAGGUCGUGCAUUGGCACUCGGUGAAGUUGCACACUGUGGUGGCCGCGCUUUGGGAAGGAAUGGCUGCUGCAUUUGGUCAGCUCUUCUUGCAGAGCCCACCGACAAAUUCCACUCACUUUGUAUGCCUGGCGCAGCGGUCGGGGGCGAAGCCUUGGACGUCACCAUUCGAUGUCUCCCCUUCAAGCCCCGAAGCAAGCUUGACUGUCACAUGCAGGCAGAAGAAUGAGCCCUAG